UGAAUCUGCGCUGCUUGAGUUUUGCAACACAUUUUGCGAGACGUAUGUAGCAAAACAAAUUUGUACCUGUAGAAAUGCUUACAAAGCUUACAAGCUGCUGAGGUUGUUGCUGCAAGUGGAGUUGGAUGCUAACGGCCUCUUUUUCAAUCCACCAUGGCACAACAGUCCAGUAUCAUGUAUCUACGUGUCACAAACAACAAUCUGGCAUCAACAACCCUGGCCUUCUUCAGUGAAGCAGUGCAGAAUUUUGGUUUGCCACUGAGGCUCCGGGGUGAUCAUGGAGUGGAGAAUGUUGAUGUGGCUCGUUUUAUGUUCUCUGUCCAGGGAACAGGCAGGAGUAGCUUCAUUGCAGGCAAAAGCGUUCACAAUCAGAGAAUUGAGAGGUUGUGGCGGGACGUGUUCACUGCAGUCACCGGCCGCUUCUAUGAUGUCCUACACCAGCUUGAAGAGGAGGCCCAUCUUGAUUUGUCCAAUAGCCUGCACAUCUUUUGCUGCCACUAUGCCUUCAUUCCACUCAUUCAGCUCCACCUCAACAUAUUCACAGAUGGCUGGGAUGACCAUCCCCUUUCAACAGAGGGGAACCUCUCCCCCAAUCAGCUGUGGCACUUGGGGCAGGAGUAUCAUUCCCAGGAGUGUGACCAGGAUCUAGACAUUCCUCAUAUAGACUGGGAAAGCAGUGGUCUUGUCCAAAGUGACCCCAACUCCGGUAUCCAGGUUCCUGAAACUGAGUGCCCACUAAACCCAGUGGAAUUUGCAGGACUAAAAGCUGUUGUGGAUCCAAUGAGAUCAACAAGUCUUGGUGCUGAUGUUUAUGUAGCUGCACUUCAGUACAUGAACAGCAUUGGCUAUAUGUAAAGUAAGCCCUUACCCUUUGGGUUUGGACACUGGUUACACGGCAUGGACAACACCCCCCCCUCCUUCCCUUCCCUGAGAGUUUGUAUAAUAGUCACAGUGCUGCAUUGUUUUGUUGCAAGGUUACAUUAUAGCAGGCACAAUGAAGGUUUUAAGAAUUAAACAAGAUGACUGAAAAUAUGUUUUCAUUACCUUGAUGUGCUAUGAACUAUAAAAGUGAGAAUGGAAAAUGAAUUAUGUUAAAUCCUCAUAUUCAAUUGAACAUCAUUCUUUGAAUACGCUUAUUUCACCCAUUGCUGUAUUUAUUGUGACAAUUAUUGUGUAUUGUACUUUUCCAUAUGUAUCUACUGAAAGUGUUACGUUUGCCUGAGUGUAUUAAAAGGUGUCUUCAG